UUCUGCCACUCGUGAAAAUUUCCGGAAAAUAAAUGCAAGAAAUUUCAACAUUUUUCCCAGAAAAUCCCACCAACUUUUUAUUUUGUAUCUUCUGGUUACUAUAUUUCUUCAUGAAAUUGAGCCAAUUUAAUGAUAAUUGACUGCAAUUCUUGCAUUCUUUGUUCCUUCAGAGAGAAGAAAUUUUUUAAUUUAGGUAAGUGAACUAUUUCAUUUAUGUGUGAUCAAUUUGAUUGUAAUUUUGUAGCUUUAAAUCUGUUUCCAUUCGAUUGAAUGUUAGAGAUUUUUUAAGUUCUUAUGAUAUUUCAAUUUUGCUUUGUUCGUUGUUUAAAUGAGUAAUUUUGAAGAUAUUGUAUAUACUGAAUUGGGGAAGUAUUUUUAUGGUGAAUUGUGUUAUAAAUGAGAGUUUGGUCUGUUAUUUUCCUUUGAUGUGAAAAUGAUGCAACAAAAAGUUAGUUCUGGAAAUGAUUGCGGUGAUGGGAAUUCCAGUAAUGGUCAGUUGCUGCGUGACAUUGAGGAAAUUAGUAAAGCACUUUACUUGCAGAAGGCCCCUCAAGAGGGUUUGGUUUCGCGACCCGCUGGUAGGUCGAAAUCAGUUGAGAAACCUCGGUUAUCGGAGUUGAAUUCGACUCUGAAUCCUAGAAAUGUUAGUUCAAUUGUAUCAUUUAAGGAUAAGAAACCGUCUUCGGGAUGGAAUUGGAAGAAGCCCUUAAAAGCAUUAACUCAUAUUGGUUAUCAAAAGUUCAAUGUUUGUUUCUUUUUACAUGUGCAUUCUAUUGAAGGGUUGCCCUUGAGUUGUAGUGAUAUGAACUUGUUUGUGCAAUUAAAGAGAAAGGAUGAGGUUUUGCAGACACGACCCUUUCGGGUUGUGAAGGGUAUUGCGGAAUUUAAUGAGACUUUGCUGCAUAAAUGUUGUGUAUAUGGAAGUAGAAGUGGACCUCACAAUUCGGCAAAGUAUGAAGCUAAACUUUUCUUGAUUUAUGCAUCUGUUGUUGGGGCUCCGGGGAUUGAUAUGGGGAAGCAUUGGAUAGAUCUUGCGAGACUAUUGCCAGCCACUUUGGAGGAAUUGGAAGGGCAAAAGAGUACUGGUAAAUGGACGACAAGCUUUAAACUCGAAGGCAUGGCCAAAGGUGCUACUCUAAAUGUGAGUUUUGGAUUCUCGCUGGUCAAGGACAAUUUAAGUGAAUCUAGAAGAAAUAUGAUUGUUUCCGAGCUUGUAAACUUAGUUGACGAGAGGUCAUGUAUGCCAGGGCCAAUAACAAGUUCUAGGCUAGCUAACAGCAAUGGUAUGCUUCGGCGGGUUGGAAGUGUUCCUAGUGAUCUUGACCGUAGAUCUCCUCGCGCUUCUCAGUCUGUUGAUUCGAAGAUUUACGAUGACGUUUCAUCAAACCUGGGGUUGGAACUCUCAAAUUCAAUUAAGUUUCUAUAUCAGAAACUCAAUGAGGUGAAUAUACACAGUUCGGAAAAGCUUCGUUCCUUAUCUGAAGAUGUGAAGGCGCAUAAAUUAAAGCUUAGUCUGGAGUUUGAGCCUGACAAAGAUAAUAGUGGAUAUGAAGAUCAUAGCUCUGAGUUUACGAUUAUUGACCAGGGAGUAGAAAUGCCCAAAAAGGAGGAUUUGGUAAUAGAAGGGCGUGAUAUUCAUCCUGUUGAUGAUAUUGGUAUUGAAACAAUUGAUGUGGAUGAAAUUUUUAAGGAUGAUGAUACUGAGCUUGAUGAGAAGAAAAAAAUUAUUUCAGAGGAUGGCGUUUCUGAUAAUUAUGCGGGUCUGGUUUUGGUGGAUGACUGCGAAUAUGAAGAAAGCAGUACUUACAGAAAAGGAUCUUGCAUUGAAGAAGAGCUGGAGUUAGCUUUGAAUAAUUUUUUAACUUCAGAAUCUGCAGAUUUGGAAUAUCCUUUAUCCAUGUGCGAGUUUGUAGAGCAGGAGAAUUACAUGGAGACUAAAUCAAAUUACAAGGCUGAUAAAGUGAUUGAAAGAUCCUGCAGUUUGGAUGAACUCACAGAAUCUGUGGCGUCUGAUUUCUUAAAUAUGCUGGGGGUUGCGCAUAGUCCCUUUCGUCUGAGUUCAGAUAGCGAUCUUGAUUCUCCUAGAGGGCGUUUGCUAAGAGAGUUUGAAGAAGAAGCCAUAUCGUCUGGCAACUAUUUUAUAGAAUGUAAUGCAGAAAGCAAGGAUAAAGAGUUUAAUUGCGUAGAUCCGAGUGGUUCAGACUGUGGGGACCUUUCUUGGGAUUUUAAUUUCUCUACGGCGGAGGACCACAAGAGGGCAAGUCAAUUACUAACUAGAAGAAGGAAGGCUAAGGUCCUUGAAGAUUUGGAGACUGAAGCUUUAAUGAAAGAAUGGGGUUUGAAUGAGGAAGCGUUUCAGAAUACGCCACGCCAUUGUUCCGAUGGAUUUGGAAGUCCGGUUGAGCUACUUCCCGAGGAGUCAGUUGAAUUACCUUCGCUUGGAGAUGGCUUGGGACCUUGUAUUCAGAUAAAAGAUGGGGGUUUUGUGCGGUCUAUGAAUCCUUCUCUUUUCAAAAAUUCCAAAAAUGUUGGGAGCUUGGUUAUGCAAGUUUCACAUCCCGUUGUGCUACCUGCAGAACUGGGUUCUGAUAUUAUUGAGAUUUUACAGCAUUUGGCAUCAUUUGGAAUUGAGAGAUUAUCAUCGCAGUUAAACAAAUUAAUGCCUAUGGAGGAUAUCAAUGGCAAGACAUUGCAACAAGUGGCACACAACGCCGCAAUUCCUGUUAGGCAAAUUCCGCUUUGUUGUGAAUCAUUGUUUGAUCAAGACACAAUUUUAGAUGCCGAGAUGGAGCCUGACUAUGUAACUGUUGAACAACUUCUCCCUUUUGCAAUGAAUACGAUACAAACCAUGUCAAUGGAAGGUUUGAAAAUUCAGUCUGGCAUGUCCGAGGAGGAGGUACCGGCAUCAAGCGUCGGGCCCAAGCCUAUUAUAAAGAUGCCAGCUUUUGAAGGGAAGAGGGCAAACCUCGGAUGGUUUCUCAGUUCAGAGGGCGCUGCAGAAUUGCGAGCACUGGAUGCUGAAGAAAGAGGCAGUGAUAUUGAUAGAUUAUUGGAUCUUUCUUUAACAUUGCAGGAUUGGUUAAGGCUUGACGCCGGAAUCAUUGAUGACGAAGACCAAGUUAGUGAGCACGCAGUAAAUAUCCUGGCUGCCCAUCAUGCUAAGUGCAUGGGCUUUAAGGCAUCUGGUAGAAGGCAAGGAAUACUGGGUAACAACCUUACUCUAGCCUUUAUGCUGUUGCUUAGAGAUCCUUUUCGGAAUUACGAGCCAGUUGGCGCCUCAAUGAUUGCUUUAGUACAAGUUGAGAGAUCUUUCUUCCAUUUUAAGCCAAUGUUCUAUAAUACGGCGUUAGACGGAAGCAGCAAUGAAUGUAUUCAAAACAAGGAUACAGAUGAGGACAGGUCAUCAGAGCAGUGUACACUUGGAUUUAAAAUCACUGAAGUUCAUCUCUCCGGGUUGAAAACUGAGCCUGGGAAGACGCAGCACUGGGGUACGAAAACGCAGCAGCAGUAUGGAACCCGCUGGCUGCUUGCCUGUGGCGUGUCAAAGGCCUCUAAGCAAUCAUUUUCAAAAUCAACUGCUGUUGUUGCCUCACAUCGACAGUUGAGGCGGAGGAUCCGGAACAAGGAUGUCUUGUGGAGCAUAAGCGGUCAUGAGAAUGACACGAGAAGAAAUUGGAAGGACUCGAUGGGCUUGGUUCAAUAUAUGAGGAACCCUGAUGUCAUGUUUGCUUAAUGAAAGCAUACAAAUUUCCGGAUGGGAUUGGUUCGAUAUAUGAGGAAUGCUAAUGUCAUCUUUGCUAAAUGAAAGCAUACUAAUUUCCGACUAGUCGUAGUAAUUGUAUUAGAAUACACGUUUUUGUUGAUCGAGUGGACCAAGCAUAUUUGUUGAUAUCUUGGGUAUACAUCGGCCAUCAGAAUACACUUCGCCAGGAACAAAUUAUGAUAAGUGAUGUAAUAAAAGAUAGUAAUGGAAUUUUUUUUAUACCUGAUGUAUAGGCUCUUCCUUUUAAUUUUAUAUUUUUGAGUCAUUGUAAGUGAAGCUAAUGAUUUCUUGAGAACUCUGACUUGCAAUAUGAAAUUUUAGUUGUAGGCAAUUGCCAUA